GAAAGGCUUCCAGACUCGGCAUCUGCCGUUAGCCGUUGGGAGCGCAGGUAUGGCCAGCGCCUUGAAGAAGCCAAACCUGGGCUCUGCUGCCCCGCCAAGAAAGAAGCUGGGCCCCAAACCCGAGCUCGCAGAGGAGCAGAAGCAGGAAAUUAGAGAGGCGUUUGAUCUCUUUGAUACCGAUGGAACGGGGACGGUGGAUGUUAAGGAGCUCAAGGUGGCUUUGAGAGCUCUGGGCUUUGAACCCAAGAAAGAAGAGAUCAAAAAAAUCAUAACAGACACUGACAAGGAGGGGACGGGGAAAAUCAGUUUCAAUGACUUCUUGGCUGUGAUGACGCAAAAAAUGGCAGAAAAGGAUACCAAAGAAGACAUUCUGAAGGCAUUCAGACUCUUCGAUGAUGAUGAAACUGGAAAAAUCUCUUUCAAGAACUUAAAACGGGUGGCGAGAGAGCUAGGGGAGAACCUCACCGAUGAGGAACUACAAGAAAUGAUUGACGAAGCUGAUCGGGAUGGUGAUGGAGAGGUCAACGAACAAGAGUUCCUGCGGAUCAUGAAAAAGAACAAUCUGUAUUGAGGUCACUCUCUCUUCCCCUGUUGAGGCACAUACAAAUAAUUUUACUGGUUAUGAAAGUGCCUUGUUUUCAUUUUCUGAGGCAUCUCUAGAGUCUCUGCAGUAUUAGAGACUGAUUUUCCUCCUCCAUUAAUUUAUCUAGAUAAUUAAUAUUGACAAAUGCCUGAUUUAAUUGUAUAUUUUCAAAAGGAUUUUAAAAACAUAGUUCUAGAAAAAAUACAACCUUGUAGAUGGAUUUUCCAAUUUCCCCUCACCUUUUUGCCUAGUAUCAUUUUUUCCAUUAUUAUUAUACCAAACCCCAAAGCAAAAUUCAAGAGUCAUAGCCACUGAAGGGAAAACAAAGAUCAUCUCCUUUAAGGUGCCAUUCCCUUAUCUUGCUUUCAUCACCUCUUCCUCCUAGCAUGCUCAGGUAUAUGAUGCAGCAGAACCAUGUGAUCAACUUAUGGACCACCAUUCCAAGCCAUUGUUUCCCUCCCUCUUCCAUCCAUCCUUUUGAUUUUCAUUAACUUAGUUCUUUUAAGAAGAAACUAGCUUACCAACUUGUUUGUUGGGUCUGGAAGUACACGGACAUACCUUUUGUCUUGUUCCAUGGCAUCAUCCUCUCCAAUCAUUGCUGGGAUAGCUGCAUCUAGACACACUUUAUACAUCAUCCUGGCAAAUGUUCUUUCUCUUUCCUAGGCCAGGCCACCAAAUGAAAAAAGCUAAAUAUGAUGUUAGCCUCAUAAAUAGCACAGAUUGGCUUAAUUCUAAUAUUUAAAAAAUAAGCAUAAAUAUUUUUAGUUCAUAAGGUUUAAGGGCUUAGUUGCUUUGAAAAUUGGGGUGGAUGGGGUAGGUCAUGUUUCACGUAUUUAGCAAAGCUGUUUUUCCUUUUCCCACUGUCAUUGUCUUCAAUAGAAACCUAAUGUAACUGUGGCCAUUUUCCACUGAUUUUGUCAUAAGUUCCUCUUUACUAGUUAGUCUUAUUGGUCCUUGACUUUCUCCUCUGAUAUAUGGAUACCGACCGCUGAGUAACCCACAUGGAUAGUUUUAACACACUGCUUUGUAACUCCCAGUGGUCUGUUCUGUGUUGAUGCUAUUUAUUUUCUCUGUUGUGAAUAAAGUCUCUUGUUUAAAAAUAUA